CCUCGAGGCGCGCUCCCGGCACCUGAGCUGGCCCUCUCGCAGGCCAGCAUCCUUCUCACCUUCUCUCUCCCUAUCUCUCACCGCCCACCGCUGCACGUCCACGAGGGCGCCUACGAUGGAGACAAGCGACGCGUGCGCUCCUCCUGCCCCGUCCGCCCAUCACUAGUCCGGCGUCUGCCGCAGCCGUCUCGUCCCGCUCGCAGCGUCGCGCCGCCUCGCCUACCCUUGCCCCGCACCCGCCUCGCACCUCUCUUCUACGUGCGCCUCUCGCACCGCCCGACCGUCUCUUCUCUCGGACACCAUGUCGCUCCUUGCAGCGCCCCAGGCGCGGUCCGCCUUUGGCGGCGAUCUUGCCGGCUCCCUCGCUGUCACCGCGUCCGACGAGGGCGGCAGCAGCCCCGACGAGCCGGCCGAUAGUCGCUCUCCACUCGCACACGCCGCACUUGGCGACAAGCACACCGCUGCCGACGAGCAGCCGCCGAUCCGCCACGAGCGCGACGCCACGCUGACGCGUCUGCGGCACGACGAGCCGCACGACGACGAGCCGGGCGCGCCGUGCCCGAGCCCGAGCCCGAGCCCGAGCCCUGCGCUCCAGCAGCGCCAGCUCGCACAGCAGCAAUACCAGAGCAGCGGCCAGCAUGCAGCGCCGCGGCCCAUCGUCGGCUCGCGCUCGCACCCCGAGCUGCGAAUCGCCAAUGGCGGGACCAAGCUCGGCUGGGGCCUCUCUUCGUCGCCCGAGACGCGUCUUAGCGGGCCGUCGUUCCAGAAUGGCAACAAUGGCGCGUACGAGCUGCCGCACCUCGUCGUGCCGCCGUCGCCCAGCUGCAGCAUUGCCUCGUCGAUGGGCGGCUCGCAGUCCGACUACGAGCCGCUCGACUCGCCGAGCUCCAUGUCGAGCUGGAACAGCUUCGUGGCUCCCGGCGUGCGCCGCGGCGAUCUGGCUGACGUCGAGGACCUCGAUCUCGAUGGCGCCAGCGUGCACGAGCCCGAGCUCGAGACGGUGAGCGAGUGCGACGAGGAGAGCAGCAGCUUUGCCAGCGGCAGCGACCGUCCCGGCUUCGGCGACAGCGAUGCCGACGAGAUUCCGGGCACGCCGCACCAGCACCACUACGGCCACGGCCUGGGCCUCGGCGGCAGCAUCCGCAAGAUGCAGCAGCAAACGCAGCAGCAACAGCAGCAGCACCUUGCGCCCACUCAGACAGCCUCGGCGCCGCAGCUGCCGCACUUCUCGCCGCGCGCCGGCGGCCACGGCCUCUCGUCCAUGUCGCGUCAUGGCAUGCGCGCACCCGCCGGCCUUGCAGCGCGCCGUCGCAAGGGCCGCAUUGCCGAGCUGGCGGAGGAAGGCGCGGCCGGCGAGGUGACGAGCACGACGCCGCCUGCCAAGCCUCUCGCUGGCGCCACUGUCAUGCCGUCGCCCGACUCCACGCCCAUCGCCAAGGAGCGCACGGGCGACAUGUCCACGCCGGGCGUGCUCAGCGGCCGGCGUCGCUCGUCCCGCGGCUCAGCAUCAGCGCGCGAGGCAGCGAUUGCGGCGCAGAACGCGGCCAGCGGCGUCUCGGCUCGUCCGGAAGAUCUCUCGCCCACGACGCCCACACCCUUCACGACCAGCACCAGCUGGAACGAGUUCGAGUUUGUCGGUCCGCCGCCACUGCCGCCGCGCUGUGUCAGUCCAAGCGAGACGGUGCCUGCCGUGCCCAGCCCGCUAUGCGAGUGCGUCUCGGCGCCUGUUGACGAGCCGUCCACCGGCAUCGAUCAGAGCGUCGAGACGCUGCGCGAUGUCUCGCCUCAUGCUCCUUCGACUGCCUCGCCGCUGUCAACCUCCGACACGGUUGCACCCGGUGCCGAGACGCCGCCUGCCAGCGCAGACACCGCUGCGCCGCCUUCGCCUACUUCUUCGCGUCCGUCGAGCGAGUCCAUCCCGUCAGUUGCAGCCUCUUCUCCGCCUACGACACCGGAAGCGCCGCCGCUGGUGCGCAAGUCGUCGCGCGGCAGGCGCUCCUCGUCGCCGACGCGGCCGAAGCCCAAGGUGCCGCUGCGUCCGUGCUUCCGUCGCCGCACCUCAGCGCAGUCCGCACAAGGCCUCGUGCGCCCUCCUAGCGGCGCGUCCUGGUCGUCGGCGCGCGACUCGAGCUCGGAGAGCGAGAGCAUCGCCAGCAACACGAGCCGCGGCCGCGCUCGCGUGCGCUUCAGCCAGGCCCCGCCUCAGGAGCUGCGCACGCACAGUCCAGUCGAGUACGACCGCAAGGCCUGCGCCGUCAGCAACCGCCUGAGCGCCGAGGACGUCGAGGAGAUGCGUGACAUGCACAUGGAGAUGGGCCUGCUCGAGGCCAAGUGGGCAGCCAUGGCGGCAUGCAAGAGCGGCAGCUCCACCGCCAGCUGCUCCGAGGACGAAGGCGGGCCGUCGCGCGACGUCAAGCCGACUCGUGCGCUCCUCUCCACGCCCACGAACCCGGAUCCGCACCACCUAAUCGUCCCCGGGCCAAGCUUCGGCGAGCGCAAGCGCGCAGACAGCAUCGCCUCCUCCUCGCCGUCGACGUUCUGCAAGAACCGCUUUGGCGGCGACGGCUCGUUGUCUGCGCCCUCGACGCCGUCGGGCCUGUCGCCUGCCGAGCACCUGCGGCAGGAGCGUGCACGCGAGCGCGAGCGUGCCCUGCGCUAUGCCGGCAUCGGCACGGGCGCUGGCUUCCGCUUCAACUGGAACGCCGGCGCGCCCGGAGCGCCUGCUGGCCGCACGCCUCGGCCGGAGCUCGGACAGUGCCAGCGGCCGGCGGGCACGGGAGCUGGCGUGAACCCGCUCAUUGCGCGCUUCGGUCUCUCGAAGCCGCCGCCGCCGCUGCCAGGCACGACGCCGAACAGCAGCGCCAACAACAGUCCCAGCCCGCCGCCCGGCCCGCACGAGCCGCUCUACGGCGAGGGCAGCAGUUCGCGCCGCGACUUCAGCACCGGCAGCGACGCCUCGACGCGCACGCUCAUGGGCGCUCGCAGCGCCUCUAUCAGUCCCGAACGCGCGCGCUUCGCGCCUGGCACAGGCUACGACCGUCGCGAGUCGCCGUCGGCACCGAUCAUGAGCUCGUACGGCGGACCCAGCUUCCUGUCCCUGCCCUCUGGACCCGAUGCCGACCACACGCCGCGCGGGCGUCGCGGCACCUCCCCAGCGCCGGCGCUGACGCACACGUCGCCGAGUCCCUCGCCGCCUCCCACGAUGAAGAGCAGCGUCAGCACGGCGGCAUCGACGUACAGCGACCGCCCCUCGAGCCUGGCCAGCGGGCGCAGCACGCCGGCUACUGCGCCAUCGACGCCGUGCGGCUACGACAGCCCGGCCUCGUGCUCCGAGUUCUACGAGAGCGGCAGCGAGUGGGACUUUGCCGCCUGAGCGUCGAUUUCCGCGCCAUCCUCUUCCGACCUCCCGAUCCUCUCUCUCUCUCUCCAGCAUCUUCCUCUCGUCCCCGUCCACAUUCUGCAUUCGUCGUCUCCACGCUCAUUCCGCUCACAACCUGUUCAUUGAUCCCCCUCCGAUACGCUCACAUAGUGCCUUGCUCCUCCCUCUGACCCGUCCCUCUUCGCUGCCCCUAUCUCUGCGCCCCAUGGCCCCCUACCCUGUUCCGCACCUGACCUGACUUUGCGCCCGAGGGAAACCUGAGAUGUGUUCAUUCUGCGUUU